AUGUUCCAGGCUCCCAUUGUGCUUCGUGUGAGGAAAAGGCGGAAGCCGGUGGAAGACAAGGUUUCCAGGCCUGAAAAGGUUAAGUUUCAGGAUGUAAGACUGUAUCUGGUGGAGAAGAAAAUGGGAAACAGCAGGAGAAGCUUUCUGACCCAACUGGCCCGGUCAAAGGGCUUUAUUGUGGAGGACGUCCUCAGCGAGACGGUCACUCAUGUUGUGUCAGAGAACAGCCAGGCUUUGUCACUGUGGACGUGGCUGAAGGGCUGCGAUCUGAAGAAUCUACCCAGCGUGCACGUGUUGGACAUCAGCUGGUUCACUGACAGCAUGAGAGAGGGGAGACCUGUUGCUGUGGAGACCAGACAUCUUGUUCAGGACACCGUGGCCGCAUUUCCAGAAAGUUCUACCCCCAGUCCUGAGGUCAAAGUUUCCCGAUACGCCUGCCAGAGGCCGACAAGCACGGAAAACUACAACACGACUUUCACAGAUGCGUUUGAAGUCAUGGCACAGAGCUAUGAAUUCAGUGAGAUUGAAGGUUCAUGUCUGGCCUUCAGGAGAGCUGCUUCAGUCCUGAAGAGUCUGCCCAGUGUGGUGCGUCGUCUGGGGGAGGUUGAGGAUCUGCCCUGCCUCGGAGAACAUACCAAAGCGGUCAUAGAGUAUGCGUUGGACCCAAGGUUUUGUUAG